UUUCCCAUAUUAGCGUGACCGUCAUUCCACUCUCUUGCGCUGACACUCAUGAGCGUGUCACAGUCUGUGAUAGUCCAUUAGCCAUUUCCAAAAAUGAACAGCUGACGGUUGUUCUGUGCACGCUCUUUUCUCAGAUUCUGGAAGUCUCACCUACAAGUAUUAAUCACUUAGUCCUGUGCACUUUUUCAAGUGAUAUAAUCAUACUCCCGGGUUUCAUCCAUUCAAAUUCUGUGGAUAUCGACAUAAGUAGCGACUUGACCAAAAAUGUGCAUCUGAAAGUACCGUUUGUUUCGUCGCCAAUGGACACAGUCACAGAGGCGAAUAUGGCCAUUGCAAUGGCGCUUCGUGGAGGUAUCGGCUUUAUUCAUAACAAUUGUUCAAUCGCAUUCCAGUCUUCGGAAGUACGCAAGACGAAGAAAUACAGACAAGGUUUUAUUCUGGACCCAGUCGUCGUCGCACCAACCAAUACGGUUUCAGACCUUUUGCAGUUGAAAAAGAAGUAUGGUUUCAGCGGUAUGCCCGUGACUGAGAAUGGGGUGCCUGGCGGUCGCCUUGUUGGAUUAGUGAGCCUGCGUGAUAUCGAUUUUUUGGGCCCUGAUGCAAUGAAUCACCAAUUGCAGGAGUACAUGACCCCCUUCGAAGAGCUAACAACAGCAACUGCUGGAACGACCCUUUCUGAAGCAUGCGAAAUCCUUCAGAAAAGUAAACGCGGUAAGGAAAAUUGUCUUGUGUGA